AUGAAGAAGAAACAAAAGCUUGACGGUUCUGUGGAUGAUGAUAAACACAAGCAUGUGGUUGAUUCUCCUCCACAUGAAGAAGAAGAAGAAGAAGACGAGGAGGUGGUGGAGAGGCAUCGUUACAGAUCUAUGGCCAAGGUUGCCAUUGGCUACUCUAUCAACCCCACCGUCGAGAACUCAACCAUCACCGAAAUGUAUCCUACCCAUUGGACCUACACGUUGGAUAAACUGCAAAAGGCUGUAGAUAUGGAAGCCAAAGAUGUGUUUGAAGAGGAGAAGUAUGACUACUACGAUCAUCCGUCUGAUGAAGAGUGGGUAAGGAUAAGAACUUUUUGCAAACUCACUGGUUGUAUUUAUAAAGUGGCGAAAGAGCUUUUUGAUGGUGAGUAUCCAACGGCUAACGUCUACUUCCAUCUUCUCGUGGAGCUAAGGCUCAUGUUGAACCAAGAGGUUAAAAAUGGAGAUGGUGAGUAUUUUCUUGGUAAAGCUAAGGAGAUUUUGGAGAGGUUUGAUAAGUAUUGGGAUGAGAUGUUUCUUGUGUUGGUAACUGCUUCUGUGUUGGAUCCUCGGUUCAAGUUGAAGUAUCUAGACUUUUACUGCUUAAAGAAUAGUGAUGACGGUUCAAAAGGUGAAGCUGUUGUGGACUACUUGCGCAGUCUAUAUUCUCGCUACGGAGCUAGCGAGAUACGUCCACUACCAGAACGUCUACCCGCUCCCCGGUGUUUCAUGUACAUGUUCGAAGACGAGUUAGAAGAAGAGGAAGAGAAGAAGCCUGACGGUUAUGGGGACUUUGCUUUCUUUCAAGAGUAUCUCAAGUUUGAAGGAUGUUGUUCAAGAGAGUUUCAUGAGUCGGAGCUUGAUUCUUAUUUCAAAGAGCCUGUUUUGGAGUGGAGCAAAGACUUCGAUGCACUGGACUGGUGGAGGAAUGAGAGCUCACAAUACCCGAUCCUAUCCAGAGUAGCGCGUGACAUUCUCUCGGUUCCUAUCUCUCGUGGCACGUCGACUCGUGCGUAUGUUGCAGACAAAAGAGAGUGUCCAGAGUUUAUUGUGGCAUUGGAGGGCAAGCUUUUGAACGCCAUGAUGUGCGGCGAGAGCUGGCCAGCGACUUUGAUAUGGCCAAGUCGUUACUUUGAAACGUGAAAUGCUAUUGCCUUUACGAAAACUCGAUAGCUCUUGUUUUCAUUUCGCCUUCUAUGUACAAUGUGCUUCUCUUGAAUUUUUUUUUUUUGUUUGCUUAACUAAAAAUAUUCCUAAAAAUGAAAAACUAAUAUUUUAUAGAUUUCAUAAAAUUUGUUUUGUUAAGUAUAUAGAAUAGUAAAACACACGGAUAACGAACUGCACAAAACAUCUAGAAAAACACUUUUGAAAUGUUGCAUGGAGCUGGUGAGAAAACUCUCCCAGACACGAGACCCAAGGUAAGGAGCUCUCAAGUGACCAGCGGGGUAAUACUGCGACAGUGAAAACUACAUCCUUUCCACGAAAGAAAAGAGUCCAAUGGCUUCUUCACCCACCCUCCUUGAAAACCCUACUUCCUUUCCCUAAGUGGCUUCCUCCAAGUUUUCAAACUACAUUUGGAUACCUCAUACCCUUAGAUCUACAAAGUUCCUCAAAAAAAUUCUAUCAAUCUUCAACCUCGUUUCCUCAAGCUAACACAAGCACUACCACCUUUCCUCCUGCAAUCACCCAAGUUGGUAACAUCUCACCCUCAGUACUUCGAAGUCUCAACCAUAUCUCUCAAACCCAAGAAGUCAGAAGUGAGCUCGGAGUCGACCAGCUACUCCUCCAGCUACGGACUAUCUUUCACCUUUCUAUCUCUCUAGCGCUGCUAAGCACUCGGAAAGCUUGGCUCGAGAAAUGGCACCAAGGUUCACGGAAUUUGAAAAAGGCAAACACCACAUGAGUGAGGAACAAGCAAACAAAAUCAAGUGAAUCAAGG